AUGCCUGAGAACUACGAGGUAAACAGCUCCGGCACCAACAGCCAGGGAAACCACUACUGCUCCCGUGACUACGGCUCCAGCGCUUCCAACUCGAACUCCUACCACUACUCCAACACGGAUGGCUCCUACUAUUACUCCAACCCCAACGGGAGCACCUACCACAACAAUGGACAGGGUGGCUCAACCUACACGGCGCCCAACGGCAACUCUUACUCAUCUGGCUCUGGAAAGAAAUAA